GUUGCUGGCGUUGUCUUGCAUUCGGCCUUGAUGUCUGGUCUUCGGGUAGUCUGUCCAGGAACUACUCGUCGAUUUUGCUUUGACCCGUUUAAUAGCAUCGACAAGGUUGAGCAUAUCCAAUCUCCAACCCUUGUAAUUCACGGGACUGAUGAUCAUGUGAUUGGCCUACACCAUGGAAAGGAAUUGUAUGCACGUCUGCCGAAUCCUCUUGAGCCUCUUUGGGUCGAUGGAGCCGAUCACAAUAAUAUCGAGCUCUUCCAUGAGUACACUGUCCGCCUCGAAAAGUUCUUCGAGGUUGAUAUGCGCCAGACAGUGGCGCAAUCGCCAGAUACCUCUGUAAAAGAGCACACUUUGCAAAAUAUCGCGGAACAUGAUCAAAACCAAUCAGCAAAUCUUGUUCAAAAUGCUUCGAAGUCGGUCGAUAGGCAUCGACAACGUCAUUCAUGGAACUUUACCGUACCGUCAUCCUCCCUCAACGCCUCCAUCAAAACGCCCCUUGCUACUACCUCCAAGAGCCCUACUGAUGCUUCUCUUGCCGAGUCACCAGCUUCUCCUCCUGAUGGUGGAGCGUCUCGCACAGGUUGUGGCAACUAUGCCAAUGUCCAUGGUGUUGAUGCUACCGCCACUGGUUCCUCAAUUUCCCUGCCUUUGGACGCAACUACUGAAUCAUCCAAAGAACCAUUUGACCAUGAGAAAGCAUCUAAAAGGGAACGGUUCACUUCUGAGUGGAAAUUCCAGUCAGUAGAGAGGCGGAAGCCCAUUUCAAAUCAAAAUCAGGAGCUCUAA